UGCUGACCCGAGCGGACUGGAUGUUGACGAGCCUCAGAUCCGUUUAGGUCGUCUCUACCUGUAUAGCUUCAAUGAGGACAGCUCUGCUUGCCCGCUGGUUGAGGUCCAGAGAAGAGAUACUGAUGCCAUCCUGGACAUGAAAUGGUGUCACAGUCAGGUGGCUGGCCACGCCCUCUUGGGCGUGGCAGAUGCUGGCGGGUCCAUAGAACUUCUCCGCUUGGUGCAAUCCGAGAACACUUUCCUCCUCCAGCCGUUCUCCCGCUUUGCCCUGGAGAAGCAGUGUCUGGCCCUGUCCUUGGACUGGUCCACUGGGAAAGCUGGAAGGGCCAGUGACCAGCCCUUGAAAAUCAUCAGCAGCGACUCCAGCGGACGGCUGCACCUCUUGCAGGUGAGCGAGGCUGGGCCAGGACUGCAGCAUGUGGCCACGUGGCAGGCCCAUCACUUUGAGGCCUGGAUUGCCGCUUUCAAUUACUGGCAGACGGAGACCGUGUAUUCAGGUGGGGACGAUGGCCUUCUGAGAGGCUGGGACACCAGGCUGCCCAGCACCCCCGUGUUCACGAGCAGGAGACACUCCAUGGGCGUGUGCAGCAUCCAGAGUAGCCCCCAUCGGGAGAACAUCCUGGCCACGGGGAGCUAUGACGAGCACGUUCUACUUUGGGACACUCGGAGCAUGAAGGAGCCGUUCACAGACGUGCCCGUGCAGGGCGGGGUGUGGAGGCUCAAGUGGCACCCUUUCCACCACCACCUGCUCCUGGCUGCGUGUAUGCACAGUGGCUUUAAGAUCCUCAACUGCCAAAAGGCAAUAGGGUCACCCCCAGGCCUCGCCGUGACUCCUAACGCUGCCAAUUGCAGAAUCUCAGUGUCAAGCACGCCCUCUCGACCCGUGGCGCCACCCUGGCACCUCAGCUGUGUGGCUUCCUGCUGCACGCCGCCGUUUCCUGGCCCUGUUGGCCCCGCUCCUCGGGAGCGUCGGUGCCGGGCGCUUGCACAGCCGUCCCUGCCCCACCUUCGGCCAAGGCUGCCUCCUCGCCGACAGCGCCGUCUCUGUGGUCUCACAUCCCAGACGCGGUGCCCUCCUCCCUCGGCCCGCCAUCUGGGCAGAGGCCAGCCCUGCCUGAGCAGGGGCAGCCCCCUGCACAGGCUGGCACUGCGGGAGCCCUCGGGAUCGCAGGCGAACCUUGCAUCUUUCUCUAGCCGGUAACGCUCACUGUCAGGACCGGGGCGUGUUUUCUUAAACCCCCGGUGCCCGCUCUUCCCCCGCGUCCCCCCCAGAUCUCCCGGCCUCUCCUCGGUGCAAGGAGAGGGCUGUAGGCCGCACGGCCUUCCCGUCGUGGCUGCAAGGCCAGUCUCCUCCUGCGGUGGCUCUCAGGGGCUUCCUCACGGGCCCUCAGGCCUCCGUCUCGGCGCCGACUCUUGUCCCUGGGUCAGCGCCGUCCCGGUUCCCGGGGAAGGGUCUGCAGCCUUCUCUGUCCCGUGGGCGUCGAGGGUAGGGCGUUCUCCUCUGAGCGUCCCCUGAGCCUGCGCGAGGCGCUUUCGUCCAGCCGCCCUGGUGAUUUCUUCCUGACGCAGGCGUUGUCUAUGAGCGUGGGUUUGAUUUCCAUGUUUAUGCAAGCAUCCUAAAUUUCUCUCUGUGGCUGACUUCUAAUUUUCUUCCAUCGUGGGUUCC